UGUCGUAAUCGAAGCGGAAGUCAGCGGAACGAGGAAGUCAUCAAGAUUUUUGCAUAUAGAAAGUUAGCUUUAAUAUGACAUAGAAACGAUAAGCGAGCAGAACAAAAUGAAGUUUGGUGCUACUCUGCAGCAGCCCAAAUCCCAUGAUGCAUUGCUUCGGCUGCAGGAUGCUGAAGUGCGUCUGCUGGAGAGCAUGCGCAAGAGUAUAGAAAUGCGGAUAAAGAGUGACAAAAGCUAUGCCAAUGGACUGGGAGAGAUGGUCAAACAGGCUCAGAGACUGGACAAUGCUGAAUUCAGUAACCCGAUAUUUGAGGUAUGGGGAGAGAUAAUCAAGAAAACUGAAGAUAUAGCCUCACGGGUAAGGCAGAAUGCUGAAGACAUGUCUUCUAAGACAGUUGAAAAGUUGAGCUUGCUGAUCAAUGAAAAAAAAGCAUCAAGAAAAAUGUUAGCAGAAGAGAGGCAGAGACUGGACGCAGAAUUAGCAGCAUCAAAAAGGGAGGUGGAGACACAGAAGUCAGAAUAUGCAAAACUGGUCGACAAAUUGAAGACAGAAAGAGCAAAGUAUGAAGACUUGUACAACAAAAGUAAAGGUGGCAGUAAGUUUGAAGAAGCCAAGAGCAAAGUUCUCAAGACUUGCACCAGGCUUCACAAGACACACAACCAGUAUGUGGUGGCCAUACAUGACUACAACCAGCAGCACUCUGCCUACCUGAGGACCACCCUGCCUGGCCUGCUGAACUACCACCAGGCUAUACAGGAAGAUAUGGUUGAACAGUGUAAGGACAUUUUGCUAGAGUAUACCCUAUUAGCAAGUACAUGUUCAGAGGACUUUAUAGCAAAUCAGAAAGACAUAGAUGUGGCUGUUAACAGGAUAAAUCAUCUUACAGAAUAUGAUGGAUUCCUGGAGAAAUACAAAGACAGUCAAAUUGAAGAAGACACUGUUGUGUUUGAUGAAGGCUUAUUAGAAGACUACAGUGGAACAUUACAGAAGGAUAAAAUAGCUGUUGAUGAUCUCAAUUUGGAGAGUGUUGAGCACAGUGUUACAGCUGUAAAGGAGGAUUUGAAGUGUGCCAGGAUAGCCCGGGAACAGAAAGAGGAACAGUUGCAAAAAAUGGAAGAAGAAAUCCGAGACUUACAGUCACAGCCUUUGGAUGAAAAGGGAAAGAAUGAUCUGUCGGUGAAGAAAAGGGCUGUUCUGAUCUUGAAGAAAGAGCUUGCAGAGUUGAAGUGUAAGGAGCAGAAGAAUCAGGCACAGUGUGAUUUGCUAGAAAAACCGCUGGAACAGGUGAAGGAAGAUGGUCCUCCGGCUGGAGUGGAGCUCUUAGAUAUAGGAGAUAAAUCAGACACCAGUAGUACAGGGGGUGCUAAGGGAGGAACAUUUGCAAAAAAUAAAUUCCUUGGCAAGUUAUCUAAAAUCACCAAAAAGCAGGCAACUUCACCCCCCACGCCACCUAGCAAGGAUUUCUUGGACAAGUCAGAUGCCUCGAAAAAUCAAGUUCAAGGUCAGAGUUAUGAAGUUCACGACCUCCCUGACGCUAAACCUGCUCCUACUGCAAAAUCAGUAGAGGGAGAGGUGAUUGAAAUACCAGCAGAUGGCGCUUAUAUCAAGAUGCGUUUGAACCCUAACAGUGAGCUGACAGAGGAAGAGUGGUUCCACGGAGUGUUGCCCAGAGACGAGGUUCAGCGACUGCUACAGAAUGACGGGGACUAUCUGGUGCGAGAAAGUAAAAAUAAGAAAACUGGCGAGACGCAAUAUGUUCUCUCAGUGUAUUGGCAGGGACAUAAGCAUUUUAUCAUACAAAAAGGAGAGGAGGGCUGGAGAUUUGAGGGAGGCUCAUACAAAACCAUCCAGGAGCUGAUCUUCUACCAGCACAAGAGUGGCUCGGCCGUCACUAACCGCUCCCAGGCAUAUCUAAAGAAGCCCAUCCUUAGGGAAGACUGGCAACUGAAGAAUGAUGAUGUUGUAAUCAAAGAGAAGAUUGGCAGCGGUAAUUUUGGAGAUGUAUGUAAAGGUGUCUACAACGGCAAAGAGGUGGCCAUAAAGACAUGUAAAGAAACAUUGAACGAGGACCAAAGAAAAAAAUUCAUCCAAGAAGCAAGGAUAUUACGUCAGUAUUCACACAAAAACAUUGUCCAGUUUGUGGGCAUUGCUGCCCAGAAGCAGCCUGUCUUGAUAGUGAUGGAAUAUGUGGAGGGUGGUGCCCUGCUCACUUUCCUGAGGAAGAAAGGCUCCAGUCAGACUGUCAAAGCACUGGUCAAGAUGUGUGAAGAUGCUGCUGCUGGCAUGUCUUACCUGGAGAGUAAACACUGCAUACACAGGGACCUGGCAGCUAGGAAUUGUCUGAUAGGCAAAGAUAAUGUGGUGAAAAUCUCCGACUUUGGGAUGUCUCGCGAGGAGGAGGAGUACACAGUGUCAGAUGGACUCAAACAGAUACCAAUUAAAUGGACAGCACCAGAAGCUCUGAACUAUGGUAAAUACACUUCCCUGUGUGAUGUGUGGAGUUAUGGAGUCCUGAUGUGGGAGAUUUUCUCUGGUGGACAACAGCCAUAUCCCGGACUGACCAAUCAGCAGGCUCGAGAGAGAGUGGACGCUGGUUAUCGUAUGCCGCGCCCGGAGACGGCACCAGAAAAUGUGUACGAACUCAUGCUGAAGUGCUGGCAGUACGACCCAGACCAACGUAUUCACUUCAGUGAAAUCUUUAGAGAACUUCAGAAAAUAAGACCCAAAAUUAAAACAUGAAGAGUUUGGCCUCAUUGGAAUACAAAACAAUAAAAAAGGAAGGAAAGUAGAAAUAGCAGAAUUAUGAGCAGAGUCAUGUGAAAAGAUCUUUGUCUGGAAGGUACAUAUAUAUAUAUAUAUAUAUAUAUAUAUAUAUAUAUAUAUAAGAGUAAAACAUUCAACUUAAUAAAAAAAAAUAGGCCGAUUAAGAAUCUUAUGGAAACUAACACUUUAAUUUGUGUUCUUAACAGUUUUAACUGUUAAUUUUAAAGUAAAAAAAAAUGACAGAAAUAGGCAAGUCAAACUGUUUAUGGUAUGUUGAGACUUACAUAUCUUAGAAGACUGUUCAAUAGCUAUAUCUAAGUGGAGAGACUGGAAAAUGAAAGAAAUCAUACACUUUUGGUUGACUGAGUAGAUAGUAUACCCCAGCCUCUAUAAGAAUGUUGUCAUUCUGUUUACAUAGUGAAAUUAUGUCCAGCAAUGUUUUGAACAAAAACAUUUUAAGAGCAUCUCUGGAAAGAAGAUUCUAUGGUUGGGGUCCUGGGUGGGUUAUUCCUCAGGUACCCCCCCCCCUCCACCCCCACCCCCCUUUUCUCUGCCAGUUGGCAUAGAGCUCCUCAAUAACUGAACCUUUAGCUCUUCUAAAAUUGGUCUCAAAAUGUUUUUGCUCUUUGUUAAAACAAAGCUGAAUGUAGUCCAUUAAACAGUGACAGUGAUGUAGCAUUAUACCCACUUGUAUCUGUGUAGGAGUGUAAAAAUGUGUUCAGCUGUUAGUGCAGUGUUAUGUUUCAUUCUCACCCUGGUCGUGCCACACUCCUUGCUUCACACAUUUAUAAUAUAUAUUGUCUGAGUAUCAGAGGCUGAUGUGUUUGAUGACAUAGAUAUGCCUACCUAUGAACAGUCAUCACCACUGCAGGGCAGUUAGCGAUAAGGACACUAGAGGGCACCACAGUUGUGGCAUUACCAGGUGACAGCACUGCUGUGCAAUGAUGUCAGCACUUUUGGUGUUACAUAUUGUAGAUUACUAUUGUAUUGAAGAGACCUACAUCAAACUGUAGAUAGGACAUUUUUCUUUUUAUUUGCAAGCUCAUAUUUCUUUGAAAAAGAAAAAAAAAAUUAAGGAAGAUUAGUAUGCUAGUAACUAAGGAGAAUAUAAACCUUGUGCUGCAGGCAAUGUACACGUCUAGAUUCCCUUAGUCUGUUAAUUAGGCUCCUGUAAUUGCCGGUGGACUGUAGAUGAUGUCCUUAGAUUGUCUUCCCUGUGAUAUAACAUUUGCUGUUGACAUAGAUCCACUAUUUUUAUAAAACCUGUGUGUUCAUGUAAAUUCUUUCACAAUGGAUUCUCCCACUGUCCAUGGUCGAAUGGGCCCAGCAGACUUGGAACCAGGGGGGGUUAGGGGAGUGCUUCUUCAGAAAAACAGUUCAGACAAUUUCAUCGAGGCUGGUAGCCAUAAAUCCCUCACGCACUGAAGAAUGGUCAUCUGAAGAUGUAGUUUCCUCCACCUGUCCUCCCUGGGUUCAGACCUGUCUACCUAUGCACAGCAUCACUUCUGUGUUGAUAGAUGUUUUAAAUAGUAUGUUUUGUAAGGGUACUUUUUUUUUAAAUAUUUAGUAUCAGAGCAUAAAUUUAUUAUAUCUCAUUUACCAAAGUAUCAUUUGAGCAUUAGCGCACCGUCACACCGGGCACCCACCAAAUGGCAUUGCUGAGUUCUGCUUGUACAUUAUGUUGCUAUUCAUUAUAUAUGAUUAUGUGAAACUUGAGUCAAUAAUGUAUUCUUUGGUGAACAUUAGAGAUAAAUUUACUUGAAAAUUAGGGUGCUAUCCUGAAAGUGGAUUGCCGGUGAAUUAUGUAGUCCCAAAUUGAAAUUGUGAAAAGUUAUUGGGACUUGAACUUUUUUAUGUCAUUACUUACUCUUUAGUGUAAAUUGAAAAUGGAUCAAAACUAGCUAUGUUUAAGCUCAUCAUGGUCUGUAAUCAUGAUGAAUGCCAUGUAAUUAAUUUUUUUCACCAUUAGUGUCAGCUUUCUUACAGUAGCAUUAAAGCUACCUAAGUUGGCUCUUAUUUGAGUACCACUUUGUUGCUGCUUACAUUACAUUUCCAUACGUGACCAACCUAAAAAUCAU